AUGUCUUCCUCCAGAACCCGACCAGAACACUGGCAACAUACCCGCUCUUCCAGUCCUCCGCUGGCACAGAAUGGCCUACCUGGUCCCUCUCGAGAACUAAGAUCGAAAGGACAAUCCCUAGACAUUCCGGGAAGCAACAUUCACCCCCGCCCUUCACUCGAAAGCACCUAUUCCGAAGUCUCCGAACUCGCCGUUCACUUGGGUGAGCAUCGCCAUGCUCGUCAGCCCCUCUUGUCAUCACCACACAACAAUAUCCAGCGCCUUUCCCCAGUCGCGCUAGCUACAUCCCACCACCGUCAUGGCAUUCGGGGCUUCCUCGACGCCUUCUGGUUGCGUAACAAAGGCGUCGUCCUCGUGCUGCUAGCCAUGGUAUUUGGUUCGGGGAUGAACGUUGCGGCUAGGCUGCUGGAGACGGAUGGGACUCAUGGGAAGGCUAUGCAUCCUUUUCAGAUUCUCUUCGCACGCAUGUCCAUAACCGUGCUCCUGACCCUCUUCUACGGCUUCUAUACCCGCAUCCCAUAUUUCCCCUUUGGCUCAAAAGUAGUACGUCUCCUCCUCAUCGCCCGGGGCGUCGGCGGCUUCUUUGGCGUUUUUGGGUUGUACUGGUCGCUUCUGUACUUGCCGCUCGCUGAGGCGACGGUGCUGACCUUUCUCGCUCCGAUCUUGACGUGUUAUGCGUGUAGCUUGUUGAUCAAGGGAGAAACAUUUAGCAGACAGCAGCAGAUUGCUGGGUUUUUGAGUUUGGUGGGAGUGGUGUUCAUCGCUAGGCCGGGGAGUCUGUUUAUGUCUUCUGGUGCUCAUCACGAUGCUGGCCACGAUCCGUCAACGGUGCAUUCCAACACUACAUCUGCCGUUUCUGCCACCUCUCCGCCAUCAUCAACUGCCUCACAACCGACCCAACACCAACAUCUCCUCGCCGUUCUCUUCGCCAUGGUUGGUGUCCUCGGCGCUACCACAGCAUUGACCACUAUCCGCAAGAUUGGUACGCGCGCUCACCCUCUCAUCUCCGUCAACUACUUCUCCAGCUGGUGUACCAUCGUGUCGUCCGUGGCUGUCCUUGCAGCCCCCAGUGUAGGGUUUAGGCUACCAGCGAAUGUGCAGGAGUGGGGAUUGUUGAUUAUGUUGGGCAUUUUUGGGUUUGUGAUGCAAUUCUUGUUGACGGCGGGAUUGGCAUAUGGGGGACCUGCUUCCAGUGACAACAAACGUGCUGACGGUGAAAUACAUACAACACCCAAAGAAGUCGGUGCUGUUGGUGGUGACGUUGCGUAUGGAGAAGAUGAAGAAGCCGGACGCGAAAGCGGACAAGGCCGAAUCUACGCAGCUCAAGAAACGUCAGCAGACGUGACGGCAAAACCGAUAACUGCAGCAACAGCAAAAGCAGCAGCGAGUAAGGGAUCCGGCACACGCGCAACAAGCAUGUUAUACACACAGAUGUUGUUCGCGCUGGCUUUCGAUAAAUGCAUCUGGGGCAUCAGUCCCGGAUGGUCGAGUUGGGUCGGCAGCGUGAUCAUCCUGGCUUGUGCAGUUUGGGUUGCUGCGGCUAGGGAUUUGCAGACCAAGAACACAGGACAGGGUCACUUGGAUGGUGAGCAUCAUGAAGACGGCGAAAAUUUUGAACUUGGAGAACGGGAGAAGUUCAGGAAAGGAAAUCGAGAACAUGUCCAAGAGAGAGGCGAUGAGCAGAGACUGAUACACUGUCCCCUUCAAGAUGCAGAAGAAGGAGGAGAGGAAGACGGUAGGUCAUGA